AUUUAUAGCUCAUGUUUGUUUUACCAGCUGUUAAAUUCCCCAAACCCAAUACUUAUCCCAGACUGACCUCCUAACUGGCAGGAAGAAUUGUCAAAGGACAAAUUCUUUCAUCGAAAUCUGAGUCGCCAGAUCUUUCUAGUCUAGACUAGGAGAAAUACAAGAACUACACGACUAAGAUUGUCAAUGUGCCUUGUGCUCGGUGGUGUCCGACUCUGUGAUCCCAUGGGCUGUAACCUGCCAGGGUCCUCUCUCGAUCGGAUUUUCCAGGCAAGAAUACUGGAGUUGGUCACCAUUUCUUUCUCCAGGGAUCUUCCCCACCUAGGGAUCAAACCCAAGUCUCUGUCUUCUACGUUGCAGGAAAGAAGGGAAGGGAAGCCCCAGCAGAUUAAAGCACAUCUUUUUGAAGGUGAGGGGAGGCACAUAGCCCUGAACCACAAUUCAGUUAUAGAUACUGAUGAUCGCUAAACUAAUUCAACUACUAAAACCACAGAAAUGUUCCCAAAGAGGGGAUUCUGUGCCAGGGCAGAGGCCGCAAGCAAGGGAAACGUUAAAGAGAAGAACGCGAGUCUCGAGUCAGACCAGUGACGCGGAUUGCGUAGCUCCCACUUGGAAGCUGGCUGUCAUCAUGUGGCAUACCCGCAGCAUUGCUCACCGCCGGCGGCCACCUCCGUCAAUUCCAACGCUGGGCCGCCAGCAGGCAGUGGAAGAGUCACGAGAAAGGAAGCAUGUGCGCAGAGAAGCCAGUUGGGAGGAGCUGGGAGGCGGCUCCACGGGGCCGACUACGUAUCCCAUAAUUCAGCACACAACGAAGACCGGCUCCCCGGGCGCCGCUGGAAGACUUGCGGCAUGGGCUCUGUGGUGAGCAUCUUUGGCCCGCCCGAAGUCGGCCUUUGGUGGGGAGACCUAUGGGGAUUGGCUAGUGAGAGUUCGAGUCCCGCCCACGGAUGGUGACGACAGGCGGCGGUCCUACUACUUAAGGCGUCGUGGCCUCGCCCGCCCCGCCUUAGCUCCCGCGCUAGAGAGAAACAUGUAUCGUUUCCGAUCACAGUUCUUCACGGGGAUUUCUGCUGCCGCCAUUGCCCACUCUUACCCGCGCCGCUUCUCGCCUCUGUUGUUAGCCGAAGACUCGCCUCUCAGCCGCCCGUCGCACAGACGCACGAGUAAAAAGUGCAGCUCCAUCGGCUGAUCCUCGAUAAGCUAGAGUUUAGGCGGCACCGGGCGUCCCACGAUGCCGAAGAAUAAGAAGCGGAACACUUCCCACCGCGGUGGCAGUGGUGGCGGCGGUUCAGGGGCAGCUGCAGCGACGGCGGCGACAGCAGGUGGCCAGCAUCGAAAUGUUCAACCUUUCAGUGAUGAAGAUGCAUCGAUUGAAACAAUGAGCCAUUGCAGCGGUUACAGCGAUCCUUCCAGUUUUGCUGAAGAUGGGCCAGAAGUCCUUGAUGAGGAAGGAACUCAAGAAGACUUAGAGUAUAAGUUGAAGGGAUUCAUUGACCUGACCCUGGAUAAGAGUGCGAAAACAAGGCAGGCAGCCCUUGAAGGUAUUAAAAAUGCACUGGCUUCAAAGAUGCUCUAUGAAUUUAUUCUGGAAAGAAGAAUGACUUUAACUGAUAGCAUUGAGCGCUGCCUGAAAAAAGGUAAAGGUGAUGAGCAGCGUGCAGCUGCAGCAUUAGCAUCUGUUCUUUGUAUUCAGUUGGGCCCUGGAAUUGAAAGUGAAGAGGUUUUAAAGACUCUUGGACCAAUUCUGAAGAAAAUAAUUUGUGAUGGAACAGCUAGUAUCCAGGCCAGGCAAACUUGUGCAACUUGCUUUGGUGUUUGCUGUUUUAUUGCCACAGAUGACAUUACUGAGCUGUAUUCAACUCUGCAGUGUUUGGAAAAUAUCUUCACCAAGUCCUAUCUCAAAGAGAAAGACACUAAUGUUAUCUGUAGCACCCCUAAUACAGCACUUCAUAUCAGCUCGCUUCUCGCGUGGACAUUAUUACUGACCAUAUGCCCAAUCAAUGAAGUGAAGAAAAAGCUUGAGGUGCAUUUCCAUAAACUUCCAAGUCUCCUUUCUUCUGAUGAUGUAAACAUGAGAAUAGCUGCUGGUGAAUCUUUGGCACUUCUGUUUGAAUUGGCCAGAGGAAUGGAGAGUGACUUUUUUUAUGAAGACAUGGAGUCUUUAACUCAGAUGCUUAGGACUUUGGCUACAGAUGGAAAUAAGCACCGGGCCAAGGUAGACAAGAGAAAGCAGCGGUCAGUGUUCAGAGACAUCCUGAGGGCGGUGGAGGAACGGGAUUUUCCAACAGUAACUGUUAAAUUUGGUCCUGAAAGGAUGUAUAUUGAUUGCUGGGUCAAAAAACAUACAUAUGACACCUUUAAGGAGAUUCUUGGAUCAGGAAUGCAGUACCACUUACAGUCAAAUGAAUUCCUUCGCAAUGUAUUUGAACUUGGACCCCCAGUGAUGCUUGAUGCUGCUGCAUUGAAGACAAUGAAGAUUUCUCGAUUUGAAAGGCAUUUAUAUAAUUCUGCAGCCUUCAAAGCUCGAACAAAAGCUCGAAGCAAAUGUCGUGAUAAAAGAGCAGAUGUUGGAGAAUUCUUCUAGAUUUUUAGCAUUUGAAGACCACUUUCUAUUUCCCCUUUUUUUUUUUUUUGUAAUUUCUAAUGUAUUUAAUCUCUAGAGACAGUUUUUAUCUUGGUCAACAGAUAGCUUUUGUAGUAGGGGUUAUAUUAUAAUUUAAUGUAUAUAGUAUUGCAGAUGGUAAGUCCUGUUUAUUGAAUAUUCUUUGUAUAUAUAAUCACUAAACAUAAAGUGUUUGUAAUGUUUGGUCAUUUUCUAUUUAUGAAAAAAGCAAACAUAAGGUUUUUCACUUGAUUUCAUAAUGAGAAAAACUGUUAGCCAAAAUUAAAUUUCUUAUGCUGUGAUUAUCAGAAAUACUGAUUAUAAUGAUAUAGAUACACAAAGUUUUUAACUUAAGAUCUUACACAGAUGAGUUCAGGAUACAAUUUUGGGAGCUAGAUCUGGAAAAGCUGCUGUUAUUUUCAAUUUUAAGUGGAACCUAAUAAUUUUGUCACUAGGAUCAACAAAAGGAAUUAUACCAUGUGGCCAUACAGCUGGACUUACAGGCCAAUCAGUCCAUCCGUUGUUCAUGAUGAAUUAAUGUAAGCCAGAAAAGUUGCUAACCUUGACCACUGAGGGCAGUAACACUAAUUUUAUCUGCUGUGUAAGACCUUGUGCUCUUUAUUUUGAAAUAAAGAUCUUUUCACACUAAAA